AUGGCCACAGGAAUGUUGAGCUCAAUGAGUCCCAUGGCGAAGUAUAAGCUCGUCUUUCUAGGUGACAUCUACGUUGGCAAGACCUCUAUUAUAACCCGGUUUAUGUACGAAACCUUUGACAAUAAUUAUCAAGCAACCAUCGGAAUUGACUUUUUAUCAAAAACCCUUUAUCUUGAUGAUCGAACUGUCAGACUCCAGCUUUGGGAUACAGCAGGACAAGAACGGUUCAGGACCUUGAUCCCAAAUUAUAUUAGAGGCUCCUCAGUCGCAGUCAUUGUUUUUGAUGUCACAAAUAAGCAGACUUUUGAUAGCACUGAUAGAUGAGUUGAAGAUGUAAAAAAUGAAAGAGGAACGGAUGCCAUCAUGGUCUUGGUAGGGAAUAAAACUGACAAAGUGGAAGAAAGAUGUGUCACUACUGAAGAAGGGACGGCAAAGGCAAAAGAAUUAGGAGCAAUGUACAUCGAAGUUAGUGCGAAAACAGGGGAUAAUAUUAAAACAUUAUUCAAACAAAUAGCAGGAGGUUUACCAUCUGGAGAAACUCCAACACCUUCUGGAGGAGCUGGGGAGAUGAACGAUAUGAGAAUCGGACUCAGCGCUCCUGUGCAAGUGCAGAAACAAAAACAACAAGGAAAAUGUGAAUGUUAA